UAUGAAAACAUUGGCAAAAUGGCAGCGACCAUGAGAAACGUGGAUGAAAUUCGGGAUAGAGUAAUAUUAGGUGAAUUUGAUGUAAAAAAUGUUCAUACAACCGAUUACCCUGGCAAUUAUCCAGGCUACGAUGAUACAUGGAGCUUGCAGAAAUUCCAAAAGAAUUUCAGAAUCGACGUGGUGCAAAUGGAUGAGACUUCUCUGGAGUUCGACAUGGUGGGCAUAGAUGCAGCUAUCGCCAAUGCCUUUCGACGGAUAUUACUCGCAGAGGUCCCUACUAUGGCUGUCGAGAAGGUGUUCAUUUACAACAACACAUCCAUAAUUCAGGAUGAGAUCCUUGCCCACAGGCUGGGCUUGAUCCCUAUUAAGGGUGACCCACGAUUGUUUGAGUACAGAAACGCAGGGGAUGAGGAAGGCACAGAAAUAGACACAAUUCAACUUCAACUGAAGAUCAAAUGCACCAGGAACCUCAGAGCCACCAAAGACUCUGCUGACCCCCAGGAACUUUACCUGAACCACAUGGUGUACUCCAAGGACAUGAAGUGGGUCCCUAUUGGGAACCAAGCUGAUGUGUUUGCAGAUAUCGACAUCGGUCCAGUACAUGGGGACAUCCUUCUGGCACAGCUCCGGCCUGGACAGGAGCUGGAUAUAGUCAUGCACUGCGUGAAAGGCAUUGGUCAAGACCACGCCAAGUUUUCACCUGUGGCUACAGCCAGUUACAGACUCCUUCCUGAGAUCACACUAAUGGAAACAGUGGAGGGGGAGAAAGCGGAGCGACUAAAACGCUGCUUCUCCCCUGGAGUCAUUGAGGUGGAGAACCAUGGGGGAAAGGUUGUUGCCAAGGUGGUGAACAGUCGCUUAGAUACCUGCAGUAGGGAGGUUCUCCGACAUGACGACCUCAAGAACGCUGUGAAGCUUGCAAGAGUGCGGGACCAUUUCAUCUUUUCUGUAGAAUCAACUGGCAUCCUGGCACCUGAUGUCUUGGUCACAGAGGCCAUCAAAGUUCUCAUGACCAAGUGUCGAAGAUUCCUCAGUGAGCUCGACUCCACGGAGAUGGAAUAAGAGCAAUUAAGUUGGACCACAUGUAAAUACCCACUACAGGGGUGAGACAUUUGUGUUGAGUCUGUGUGCAACAUGCUUUGGACCAGGAAUGGGCAACUCUAGUCCUUGCUGCCUGAAUGGUGUCAUAAUAUUUUGUCCCAUUUAACACCUGUUUCCAAUAAUCAACUAAUGAUAUUCAGUUCAGAAUGCAAUUAGUUUAAUCAGCUGUGUUUGCAAGGGAUAGGGGAGAAAAGUGGGACACCACUCUGCCCCCAAGGUCUGAAGUUGCCCAUCCCAGCUUUGGACAAUAGAAUACAAUACCAGUUGGAAUAAAAGCACCCUGUAGAAAUGCUGAGGAUGCUUUGUUUUUUAUUACCAUCCUAUGUACCCAGCUUGAGAUGGUUUGUCAUCCCCAAUAAGAAUUGUGCCACUUAUGUACUAUAUUUUGUAUUGUAAUGAAUGUUUAUGUCACUUGCAAAUCCUUAUGGCUCAUGUCAUUAGCCCAUUUGUAGAGUUGUGCCUGAAUUCCAUCCUUUUAGGUAAAACCAUUACAAGAAAAUGUGUUUUUAGUAUUUACUGAAUGAAGAGGGUGGUAAGUCUUAAGCAUAUAGUACACAGCGAGGUGCAGUUAUGUUUUGUGUACUGUAUAGACUUGUGCGACAAAAGUAAAGCAUAUUACAUUUUACUCUA